AUGUCACAACAACCCCUCUCAUCGUCGGUGCAGCCGACCGAGGUCUAUGGCGGAGAUGAGGUCUCGGCGCUCGUGCUCGAUCCGGGUUACUGCAGCACGCGCGCGGGUUACGCCGGCGAGGAGAUGCCCAAGCAGUUGAUUCCGUCCCCUUACGUGCACGUCGACGGCCGCGACCUGUUCGGCGACGAGAUCAUCACCCCGCGCGCCGGCUUCGAGGUGCGCAACUACAUGAACCGCGACAGCGUCGUCGAGGAUUGGGACGCCGCCACCCGCGUCUGGGAACACUUGCUCGUUAAGCGCCUGCAGCCCCCGCGCCCAACCCCGCCGAGCAAGAACAACCUCAACGUGGGCGACGAUGGCGACGUAGAGAUGGGUGAGGACGGUGCCGCUGAGGAGGCUGUGGAUGGAUUUGAGAAGCCCCUAGCCGAGAACCCCCUGCUCCUGACCGAGGCGCCCUGGAACACGGCCAAGGCCCGCGAAAAGUCGAUCGAGGUGUGCAUGGAGACCUGGGGCAGCCCCGCCUUCUGGCUCAGCCGGACGCCCGUGCUGGCUGCGUUUGCCGCUGGCAAGGCUACCGCGCUCGUGCUCGACGUGGGCGGAGCCAACACGAGUGUCACCGCGAUUCACGACGGCAUGGUGCUCAAGCGGUCGAUUCAGCGGUCUCCCGCGGCGGGCGUCUGGCUGAGCGGGCAGAUCCGCACGAUGCUCAAGACGGGCGAUUCCAAGAUCGACAUUGUGCCGACGUUUCUGGUGGAGAACAAGAAGCCCGUCGAAGCCGGCUCGCCAGCCGAUGCAAGGCUGAAGACGUUCGACUUCCCGAUCAGCGACUCAUUCCGCGCCUACGAAGACGAGCGUGUGCUCACCGAGUUCAAGGAGUCGGUCGUUGAAGUAUGGCGCGGGCCGGGGCGCUACACGGCGCCUGGCAACGAGGACUACGCGCGCAGCCAACCAGGGCGCGUGUUCGAGAUGCCGGAUGGGUACAACCAAAUGUACCGCGAAACGCGGUAUCGCGUCGCUGAGGGCAUGUGGGACGAGACAGCGGCGUACCCGGCCGCUAGCCCCGACGAUCCGACUUUGACUAAAGCUCAAACGAUCCCUGCGCUGAUCAAGGCUGCCCUAGAUGGUGUCGACGUCGACCUCCGGCCUAACCUGCUGGGCAACGUGAUCGUCACUGGCAGCACCAGCCUGCUCAACGGCUUCAACGACCGCCUCAACCACGAACUCACCACCAUGUACCCGGGUCUUAAGAUCAAGAUCCACGCGGCCGGCCUGACGAGUGAAAGGAGAUUUGGCGCCUGGAUUGGCGGGAGUAUUCUGGCUAGCCUAGGCACUUUCCACCAGAUGUGGAUUUCGAGGAAAGAGUAUGAUGAGAAUGGACCGGGCAUUGUCGAGAAGCGGUGUAAAUAA